CGUCACUGUUUCUGGCCGCAGACCCCCUCCCUCCAUCUCCGUCGCGGUUUCUUUGACAGAGCGCUAUGGCGGCGGCCGGGUCUGCAGGGGUACCGGCCACCGUGUCGGGAAAGCAAGAGUUUUACCAGCUUCUGAAGAACCUGAUCAAUCCAAGCUGUAUGGUGCGGAGGCAGGCAGAAGAAAUCUAUGAAAAUAUUCCAGGUCUGUGUAAGACUACAUUCCUCUUAGAUGCUGUCAGAAAUAGAAGAGCAGGUUAUGAGGUGAGACAAAUGGCUGCCGCGCUGCUACGGCGGCUUUUGUCCUCUGGGUUUGAGGAGGUCUAUCCAAAUCUGCCUUCUGAUGUUCAGAGGGACGUCAAGAUUGAACUGAUACUGGCCGUUAAGUUAGAAACACAUGCUAGCAUGAGGAAAAAACUUUGUGAUAUUUUUGCAGUGCUGGCCAGGAAUUUGAUAGAUGAGGAUGGCACUAACCACUGGCCUGAAGGUUUGAAGUUCCUUAUUGAUUCAAUCUACUCUAAAAAUGUAGUUCUUUGGGAAGUUGCACUUCACGUUUUCUGGCACUUUCCUGGGAUUUUUGGGAACCAAGAGCGGCAUGAUUUAGAUAUCAUCAAACGUUUGUUGGACCAGUGCAUUCAGGAUCAAGAACAUCCAGCAAUCAGGACAUUAUCUGCUAGAGCUGCAGCUGCAUUUGUACUUGCUAAUGAGAAUAAUAUUGCUCUUUUCAAGGACUUUGCAGACUUGCUUCCUGGAAUCUUACAGGCUGUGAAUGACUCAUGCUACCAAGAUGAUGAUUCAGUGCUAGAAUCCCUUGUUGAGAUUGCAGAUACCGUACCUAAAUACCUGGGUCCUUAUUUAGAAGAUACUCUGCAGUUGAGUCUGAAGUUAUGUGGAGACUCUAGACUUAGUAAUCUGCAACGCCAGUUGGCCCUUGAAAUAAUAGUGACCUUGUCUGAAACUGCAACCCCAAUGUUGAAAAAACAUACAAAUAUAAUUGCACAGGCAGUUCCUCAUAUAUUAGCAAUGAUGGUUGAUCUACAAGAUGAUGAGGACUGGGUAAAUGCCGAUGAAAUGGAAGAAGAUGAUUUUGACAGCAAUGCCGUCGCUGCUGAGAGUGCACUAGACAGACUGGCUUGUGGGCUUGGUGGGAAACUUGUUUUACCAAUGACUAAGGAGCACAUCAUGCAGAUGCUUCAGAGCCCUGACUGGAAAUAUCGACAUGCUGGAUUAAUGGCCUUAUCUGCCAUUGGAGAAGGAUGCCAUCAGCAAAUGGAAUCAAUUCUAGAUGAAACAGUUAACUCUGUUUUGCUUUUUCUUCAGGAUCCUCACCCAAGAGUGAGGGCUGCAGCCUGUACUACACUUGGGCAGAUGGCUACAGAUUUUUCUCCUAACUUCCAAAAGAAAUUCCAUGAAACAGUGAUUGCAGCUCUGUUGCGUACCAUGGAAAAUCAAGGUAAUCAGCGUGUACAAUCACAUGCGGCUUCUGCACUUAUUAUUUUUAUUGAAGACUGUCCAAAAACAUUGCUAGUUCUAUAUUUGGAUAGUAUGGUGAGAAAUCUACAUUCCAUCUUGGUGAUUAAACUUCAAGAAUUGAUUCGGAAUGGAACUAAAUUGGCCUUGGAACAGCUUGUGACAACCAUUGCCUCAGUUGCAGAUACAAUAGAAGAAAAAUUUGUUCCAUAUUAUGAUAUAUUUAUGCCAUCACUAAAGCACAUUGUUGAGCUUGCUGUUCAGAAGGAACUCAAGCUUCUGAAAGGAAAAACUAUUGAGUGCAUUAGCCAUGUUGGUCUUGCUGUUGGGAAGGAAAAAUUUAUGCAAGAUGCAUCAAAUGUGAUGCAGCUAUUGUUGAAGACACAAUCAGACUUAAAUAAUAUGGAAGAUGAUGACCCUCAGACAUCUUACAUGGUUUCAGCAUGGGCUAGAAUGUGUAAAAUUCUUGGAAGUGAUUUUCAACAGUACCUUCCACUAGUUAUUGAGCCUCUUAUUAAGACUGCUUCAGCUAAACCUGAUGUUGCUCUCUUAGACACACAAGAUGUGGAAAAUAUGAGUGAUGAUGAUGGAUGGCAAUUUGUAAAUCUUGGAGACCAACAAAGUUUUGGAAUUAAGACUUCAGGACUUGAAGCAAAAGCAACUGCUUGCCAGAUGUUGGUUUACUAUGCUAAGGAGUUAAGGGAAGGAUUUGUGGAAUAUACAGAACAGGUUGUAAAGCUGAUGGUUCCUUUAUUGAAAUUUUAUUUCCAUGACAAUGUUCGAGUGGCAGCAGCAGAGUCUAUGCCUUUUCUCCUGGAAUGUGCAAGAACUCGUGGCCCAGAAUAUCUUGCACAGAUGUGGCAAUUCAUAUGUGAUCCCUUAAUCAAGGCUAUUGGGACUGAACCUGAUACAGAUGUACUCUCAGAAAUAAUGAAUUCUUUUGCUAAGUCCAUUGAAGUAAUGGGAGAUGGGUGCCUUCUUGAUGAACACUUAGAAGAACUAGGAGAAAUAUUGAAAGCAAAACUUGAAGGACACUUUAAAAACCAAGAACUGAGACAGGUUAAAAGACGGGAAGAAAACUACGACCAGCAGGUUGAAAUGUCUCUGCAAGAUGAGGAUGAAUGUGAUGUUUAUAUUCUUACCAAAGUAUCAGAUAUUUUGCACUCUUUAUUUAGUACUUACAAGGAAAAGAUUUUACCAUGGUUUGAACAGCUUCUUCCAUUAAUUGUAAAUCUAAUUUGUUCGAGUAGGCCAUGGCCAGAUAGACAGUGGGGAUUGUGCAUAUUUGAUGAUAUUAUAGAGCACUGCAGUCCAACCUCAUAUAAGUAUGUAGAAUAUUUUCGGUGGCCAAUGCUACUAAAUAUGCGAGAUAACAACCCUGAAGUCAGGCAAGCAGCUGCUUAUGGCCUGGGUGUUAUGGCACAGUUUGGUGGAGAUGAUUAUCGUUCUUUAUGUUCAGAAGCUGUCCCAUUGCUGGUAAAAGUUAUUAAGUGUGCAAAUUCCAAAACCAAAAAAAAUGUCAUUGCUACAGAGAACUGUAUCUCAGCAGUAGGGAAGAUUUUGAGGUUUAAGCCUAACUGUGUAAAUGUAGAUGAAGUUCUUCCACAUUGGUUAUCAUGGCUUCCACUGCAUGAGGAUAAAGAGGAAGCUAUUCAGACUUUGAGUUUUCUCUGUGAUUUAAUUGAAAGUAACCAUCCAGUUGUACUUGGUCCAAAUAAUUCCAAUCUUCCCAAAAUAAUCAGUAUAAUUGCAGAAGGAAAAAUUAAUGAGACUAUUAAUUAUAAAGAUCCUUGUGCUAAACGCCUAGCUAAUGUUGUGCGUCAGGUACAGACUUCUGAAGAAUUAUGGUUGGAAUGCAUAUCGCAACUUGAUGAGGAGCAGCAGGAAGCUCUACAAGAGUUGCUAAAUUUUGCUUGAUGCACGUUAAUGUCACUUGAAUAUCUUCUACCAUAAAAGUAAUUCCAAAUAACUAUUGUGAAUGGAUUCCAUUACAGUUGUGAGAACUGUUCUCUCCUUGCCAAGCAGUUUAUAUUCCUUCCCUAUAUGUUUCUCCAGGAUUAGUCAGUGUUACAGCCUUGUGUUCACCUUGCAUGUUUUAUCUUUUAAAUAUAGAGCUUGGUGAUAACCAUUGUCUUAGUGUUUGUCACCUUUCCCCUAGUUGAUGUGAAGUACAUAAAUUGUUGCUACUUGUCUGAAUUAUUGAUGCUGGGCAAACAGUAUACUUGUGUGAAGAUGUCAUGCUGCCCAUCACAAGGUGCUGAGAGCUUACAAAGAUAGGAGAACUUCCAAGGCAAACUAUUUGGAAUUGUGGGUGAAAGAUAAAGUGGCAAGCUUAUUUCUCCGGGUGCUUUUCAUGGUAAUGGGAGGAUGCUGAAAUUGGGAGAUACUGCCUUGGAUGUGGGAGAUUUCUCUAUAUAUUAUGUGAACUUUUUCAUCAUGUCCUCCUGAGAACUGGGUGAAGCAUAUCCAUAUUCUAGUCCUCAAGGUGUCCAGCUGAGAGUUAAGAGAAUUGUAAAAUCUUAGCCUGACUGGUCUCUAUUUUUCAAGUUAUCCAGGACUCUAAGAACUAUGGUUACUGCAAAGGGUAUCCUGGUACAUGGAACAUUGGUAGCAUGUAACAUACUAUUCUGCAGUGUUUGACAAAUAGUAGUAAUCAAUAUUUGUGGGAGUCAAUCAGUAUUAUGUGUUUAAGCAGAAUAUUGCAUUGUGUAUAUAUGCCAUUUUCCCCCUGAAAGCAGCCCAACAAGGAGAGAAGCCCUGAUUUAAAAUGGAGUUUAAAUAGAUUUCUAUUUUGAAGAAGUUCUUAAUAGAUUCUAUAGUAGCACUGAAGAUGAAAGGGAAGCAAAAUUAAUUUUAUCUUUAAACAUGAGAAAAAACGGCUUUGACUCCAGUCAAAUAGCAGAUGUGCAUUUUAAGAAAACAGCUAAUCUAGAGUUAAUUAAUUGGAAUGUUGAUCUUUAAUGUCCAACUUUUUGUAGGGUAGAAAAAAAGCUUUCUACUCAGUGAAUCAUUGACCCAAAAUUUAAGAACAAAUGUAUCUGUCAUGAUUUCCUGGGGUAUUGUGAGUACUGUGUAUGUAAAGUAUUUAGCAAAUAUUUAAGACCUAGUAAGUGCUUAAUAAAUGGUACCUGUUAGUGCUGUUGUUUGUUUGCACCUUUGCUGUGUGUGUGUGUGUGUGUGUGUGUGUGUUAAUGGUUUGGAAUUCCUUUUACAUUAGAAUUUCCCUGAUUCACUCCCUGCCAGUUCAGAUGAGCAGGCCAUGUAGGCUGUUGUGGACAGAAAUAUGAAGUUGAGAUUUUAGAUAUGGAUUUCCUGUCCAUUCCCUGCAAUGAUUUAUUAUUUAUUACAAUAAAUAAUAGGAAAGGACAUUAAGUAUAGUAUAGUCACAAUUUUAUUUAAGAUAAAUAAAAGUAUACAUAAAUAAAUAGAAAAAUUCUGCAACAAGAUAUUAAUAAAAUUUUCUCUGGGUGGUGGGAUUAAAUGGCAAUUUUUCUUCUCACUAAUAAUUUACCUACAACCAACAUAUUUCUUGUAUAAUAGUUUUUUUAAGCUUAAGGAUCUGAUCCUACUUUCAUAAAAGCUAAGAUCACAAUCAUUGUGGCCUCUCCAUGACCUAUAGCUGUGGUUCCUUCAACUCCUACCUCUUUAUCUUAAUUGAUAUCCCAUCAGAAGCCCUUGAUCAAAUUUCUAGCAAUUCCCUACACUCUUGUGCAUGAAAAUUGGAAAUUCUGCCAGGUGGCCUUGGAGAAUUAGGUACCUUGGAGAAUCUUGAAGUGUGACAGACCUAGAUUUGAAUUUUGGCAAACUACUUUCUUAACCUAAGCAUCAGUUUCUACAUCUGUAAAAUAGGCAUAAUACCUAUGAUUGUUGUGAGAAUUAAAGGUGAUAAUGAAUGUAAGGUGCUUGGUGGCACAGGAGUCAAUAAAUACAAUCUAUAUUAUGAGAGAGUCAUGAAAUAGAGUUGGUGGCUAAAGAUAAAGAGGGGAUAUUUGCUGGGGGAAUGGUCAAAGGAAAUGAAGGAUGCUCAAUCAGACUCAUUUUGGGUUGCCAUUUGCUGAAAUUAGACUGUUCCCUGGCUUUGUUGCUGUGAGCUGAGGUACAUCUAAGGGCUCUGAGGAGAAAGCGAAAUGUCUCAUAAAUUACAAAUGACUGAUGAGAGGAGACCUUGAAAACUGGAUAAUGGGUGUGUGGGAGUGUCAAUACUCAAUAAGUGUUCUCAUUUAACUAUUUUACCUAAUUCUGCUACUUAAACUUACUGCUACUCUUUUCCCCCCUUCUCCCAAAAGCUCUGAAGUUUUGACUUUUAUUGGUUCAUUAAAGGUUCACAAUAAUCAAGGAUCAGAAUAUCCUGACCAUUUGUUUAGAUGACUUGUACUUUUAAAAUGCUUGAUUUCUAGGACAUAAUUGCCAGUUUCAAGCUAGAGCAUUCUUUGUAAAUAGAAACAUAUGUGCAUCUUUCUCUUUUUAAAAAAUUUUUUAAAUGCUUAUUUAUUUUUUGAGAGACAGAAUAUGAGCGGGGGAGGAGCAGACAGAGAGGGACACAGUAUCCGAAGCAGGCUCUAGAGGCUGCGAGCUGUCAGCACAGAGCCUGAUGUGGGUAUGGAACUCACCAUCUGUGAGAUUGCAACCUGAGCCAAAUCGGUUGCUUAAUCUACUGAGCCACCCAGGCACCCCGAGAUUUGCAUCUUUCUAAUAGAACAUAAGAAAAUACUAAUAUCUGCUUUAUGGAACCAUUACACUCUUUCACCCCACUUACUUUAAGCAUUACCUAAUUAAAGUGAAUGAGGAGUUCACGUUUUAGACAUUCAAAAGUAAUUUUUAAAUGUAUGGUGACAUUGUAAGGCUAACGACCUGACUAAUACUGUGCAGCUUAGACUUGAAAUAUUUGAAAACUUUAUAACCCCAAGGAUUUUUAGUAAGUUUCCAUUCCCUUCCUUUAUUCUUAGCAGAUCUCAAGAAUGGAGGUGGGAAUAUGUUAAUUUUAACUGAAAACAAGACAUUACUUAAAAUAGGAAUUGGUCAAGAACUGGACCAGAGUUUUAGAAAUUAACAGUUUUACAAAUUAUCUUUUUUUUUUUUUUUGCAUGUGAACAUAUGUUUUAGUUGGUCGAGUCCUUGCACCUGUUUUCUAAACUAUAAAAUUCUAGUUUUAUAUUAAAAACCCGGCAGUUACAUGGGUGAAGGUGGGUACAGAAAAUAUGAAAUUUACAACAGGAUAGGAUUUACGUUUUGUGCCUUCUCACUAUUCAUUUGCCAUUAACAAGGGUUUUAUGGAGCAAGGUCCUUCAGAAUUAAUUUUAGUUUUUCUUUUUCUCCCCCCCCCCUUUUUUUUUUUAACAUUUAUUUAUUUUUGAGAGACAGAGCAAGAACAGUGGAGGGACAGAGAGAGAGGGAGAUAAAGAAUCUGAAGCAGGCUCCAGGCUGUGAGCUGUCAGCACAAAGCCUGACAUGCGGCUCCAACGAAGGAACUGUGCGAUCAUGACUUGAGCCAGAGUUAGAAGCUUAACUGACUGAAGCACCCAAGCGCCCCAGGAUUAAUUUUAGUUUUUAGGGCUUUUAGGGUCUUGCAAAAGAAAAAAAAAAAACUCUUUCGCUUUCUUUAAAAGCCCUUGGGCCUCUUCGGCAGUGUCGAGUACUCCUGCGCAGGCGCCUUGCUUCUCUCCCCACUC